AUGUUUCUCAACCGAUCAGUAACAGAUACGUCGUCAGGCUUCGACUUUAAAAUUUUUAAACCAGCUACUGAAAUCGCUGUGGAAAAAGUUCAGAAAAUGUAUCCCCACAUUAAAUUCACCACCCGCUAUGUGGGAGGAUAUAGCAGUUGUUCAGGACGGGAAGCUAUUCCAGCUGCGGCAAUUGCGGCAAAAGAAGUACUCGAGCAUGGUACAAGAGCAUUCAUGGGUCCAGUCUGUACCUUUCCACUUUUAACAGUUGGAAGAAUGACAUCGUAUUGGAACAUUCCUAUAUGCACUGCUAGCGGUUCUGGUGGAGCUCUUGGCGAUAAAACAAUUUUUUCUACGUUAAUUCGAGUUGGGUAUAACGUUGAAACAGUUGCCGUUGCCACGUUCAAGUUACUACAGCAUUUUCUAUGGUAUCACGUGUGUCUGAUGUCUGAUGUCAGUAUUGAUAUUGAAGUAUACUACAGAGAAGCACUGCAGCUUGAGAUCUUUGAAAGGGAAAAUAAUUUCACAACAAAUAUUGAAUUAUUUGAUUCAAGAUCUCCAGAUUUCAACAUCGCUAAACAUUUGAAAGGGUGUAGUCAAGUUGCACGUGUGUUGAUACUGAUGACGUCACAUGCCGUUGCUACUGACAUUCUCACCACUGCUUAUCAUCUUGGAAUGGGGAACGGAGAGUUCGUCUUCUUGGUUAGAGAACUUGUAAGCAAAAAGGUCGAGUUAGGACACUUGCAAGAGAACUAUGAUGUCAAUCCAGAAUCUCGGGUAACAUUUGUUUCUUUCUAA